AUGGAACUAGCAUACGCCCAACUCAUGAGCAAGUGCACCGAAGGCACCUACCUGUACACACCACCCAAGGCUCACAACUUCCAUCCCGGCUCUUGCGGCUUAUUCAACGACAAUGGAGUGUGGGAAAAAAUUGCCGACCUUACUCGACUCAAGGAUGAUAACCCCAAGAACUACAAAAUCCCGAAGGAGGAGCUCGUUCUGGCCGAGCCAACGCUUUGCACGUGGAAUAAGAAGGUUGUCGAGAAGAACGAGGGCAGUGGUUUUGGCGCCAAGGCAGAGGUGUCCGGGAUUGCUGCUCAAGCACCUGUGGACGUUGGAGCCAAUUUCGCAGUAGGAAGCACUGCAAAGGCCGGUGCAGGUGUGAUCGUAUCGCCAGGGGUAGUGCACACGAAGUUCAAUCUCGACGCGCGGAGGAUCGUUGAGAAGUGGAUCCAGGACAACAUGAAGGACUUAACUGAUAGAUAUAGGGAAUCGAUCUAUCAGUUCGGCAUUUGGGUCAUUACAGCCACAUGGGUCACGCAGAAAUGCGACAUUGCCAUGUGGAACAAGACGGGCAGCAAGAUCGACACCGGAGCGGAAAUCGGGGCGACAAACAUCGGCAAACUUGGGAUUAACAGCUCGAGCGAGGUACAACAUGAUAUCGAUGAGCACCGAGUAUUCAGCGAGCCCGGCGGAUACGCCGUCUCCUUCAGUGGCAUGCUCUUCAGACCAAGCAGGAAAUUUUGGAGCAAUAAAUUGAAGCACAUUCAGCGCCCGAAAGAUGGCUCUCUCCGAGUUGCUGACUUCGCCAUGUCCAUGCCAGACGAGGACGAAGACGGAAACGUUCUUGAUAAGAAUGGGAAUAUUAUCAAGGAUAACGGACAGCGUAUCGACAAGGAUGGAAACCUCGUCGACGAGGACGGAGAUCGUGUCGACGAGCAUGGGAAUCCCAUCGAUGAGGACGGAAACAUUAUUCCGGAAUGGUCCACGGAGGUUAUUGGGGAGGAUUGA